CUUCACUUAAGUUAUCUACUAAGUAUCCCCAUCCCCAUCUCCCACUUCCAUCCCCCACUUCCAUCCACAUCCACAUCCACCACACCCAAAAUGACCACCCCCGACACCUUUCACGGCUGGGUCUCGCAUUCCCCCACCACACCCCUCACCCUCACAACCUUCACCCCGAAACCGUUCACCGAAACCGACAUCGAAAUACGCAUCACGCACUGCGGCAUCUGCGGCACGGACGUACACACGCUGCGAUCGGGCUGGGGCCCAACAGACUACCCAUGCGUGGUGGGCCACGAGAUCAUCGGCAUCGUGACCCGAGUGGGCAGGGAGGCCUCAUUCCCGCCCAACUCGCCCUCUGCGCUGCAGAUCGGCGACCGGGUGGGAAUCGGCGCGCAAUGCCACUCGUGCUUCGAACCGACGUGCGACGCCUGCACCAGCAACCAAGAGAGCUACUGCCCGCAGAUCGUGAGCACGUACAACAGCCGGUGGUACCUGCGCGAGACGAAGCGACGCGGAGGGGAGAAGACCUACGGCGGGUUUGCGCGCACGUGGCGCGGUCCGGCCGACUUCGUGUUUAAGAUCCCCGAUGCGUUGCCCUCGGCGCAGGCGGCGCCGUUGCUCUGUGCUGGGGUGACGAUGUUUACGCCGUUGAGGAAAUACGGGGCCGGGAAGGGGAGGGCGGUGGGGAUUGUGGGGAUCGGGGGGCUGGGCCAUCUGGGGGUGAUGUUUGCGAAGGCGUUGGGGUGUGAGUCUGUGGUGGGGAUCUCGAGGACGGGGGGCAAGGAGGCGGAGGUGCGCGCGUUGGGCGCGGAUGGGUUUAUCGCGACGGCGGAGACGGGGUGGGAGAGGAAGUGGUCGCGGAGUCUGGACUUGAUCAUCUGCACCGUCGAUGGUGACGAUAUGCCCCUGGAGGGGUAUCUGAAGCUGUUGAAGAUGGAUGGGACGUUCGUGCAGGUGGGGGCCCCGGAGAAGCCGUUGCCGCGGUUGAUGGCGUGGGCGUUGAUUCAGAAGGGCGUCAAGGUGACCGGGUCGAAUAUCGGGUCUCGAGAGGAUAUCUCGGAGAUGCUGAGGGUCGCGGCCGAGAAGCAGGUGUUGCCGUGGGUGGAGAGUCGGCCGAUGGAGGAGGUGAAUGCGACGUUGAAGGACAUGGAGGCUGGCAAGGCCCGGUUUCGCUAUGUGUUGGAGAAUGCGGAGAAGGAGAGUCGGCUGUAGGUAGGGGGGGAACUGGUAUAGACGGGGUGUUUGGGUAGCUACAUACAGAAUACAGACUCUAGCCUACCAGCUUGACUCGGUCGAUCUGUCGGUCAGACAUCUACCGGAUGAGUGUUCCCGAAGAUUUCCAGCAUAGGUUUGUCGAGAAGUGGCCUCCAUUGCUCAUCCAGACCCUGCCAUACUGCCCUGGUCACUCUGAUCCCCCACGUGCCAAUAUACCAAACAUCUCUCAAUCGAUGGAAAAAUGCCGAGUGGUGGGCCAAGAUGACCAGAG